AUGGGCGUUUCAACUAUUGGAACAAUUGUACGUGAGACAUGUGAAGUAUUGUGGACAAUUCUUCAGCCCAAAGAAAUAGUAGUGCCGACCAUGCAAGAUUGGUUAGACAUAGCAGAGGGGUUUUAUAGUAAAACUCAGUUCCCCAACUGUGUAGGGGCUGUAGACGGGAAACACAUCCGACUAGAAUGCCCCCCUAAAAGUGGUACUUUAUACUACAACUAUAAGCAUUUCUUCUCUAUAAUACUCAUGGCAAUCUGUGAUGCAACCUAUUGCUUCACGAUUAUAGAUGUGGGGUCAUAUACUCAUAUGGCAAGGAGAGUGAUUGCAACAUUUUUAAGAAAUCGUCAUUUGGAAAAAAAUUAUACAAUGGUAAAGUCAAUUUUCCCCAACCUCAAUGUUUACCAGAAGAUGAUGGUGGUAUUCCUCAACCCUACGGCGAGACAGAAUAAAGAAUGUACGUUCGGUAUUUUGUCUAACAAAUGGAGGGUUUUUCAUACAGCCUUAUUAGUAGAACCAGAUUUUGGAGUUGCUAUUACCAAAGCGUGUUGUGUUUUGCACAAUUUCGUUAGACGCAGAAAUGGAUUUUAUCCCGAAGAUACAAAGACUUGUGAUAUGGAGGAUGUAAAUCAAAAAAUAGGUGUUGGGAACUCGACAUCUGUUGCAAAAGACGUAAGAGAUUAUUUUGUCGAUUAUUUUAAUCAGCCAACUCAUGAACUAUGUUGGCAAAACAAGAUCCUAAUACCUUUCGUGCUCCCGAGCUACGGUAAAAAUAUAUUCAAAAGAACUAAUUUCUUCCCUGAAUAUCUUAUAUUUAACGGGUCAUCCCCGAACACGUUACAUAUUGGUGGAGGCGCCGAAGCUCUUAAGUAG